GCUAUGAAAGCCUUUUUACCCAAUACUUCCAACAAAAUUUCUCAGGUGAUUAAACCCUCUCUCCUUCCUGUGGUCCAUCAAGCCCAAACCCAAAACCCCAACAUGACGACUCGCUCCUCCGCCCUCCUCCGCCGUUCGCUGCCGUUCGCCGCCGCAUCUCGCUCCUCAACAACCUUCCCCCAAGCCUUUCAUGAAUGUCAGUCUCAAUACACAACCACCGCCACCACCGAGGCGGUGGCUGAAACCACGGACGAUGACAAGAAGAAAGGCAAGUGGUUCACCUUGCCGCCGUUCGUUUCGACCGUCGACGGCGCUGCGCUGGGGAAGGAGCUCUCAGGGCGGCGGUCCGAGAGAAAAGGGGAUGCCGCCGCCACCACGACGGCGCUUAAGUGGGUUCUGAGGUGCUGCCCUCAACUUCCGAGGUCUCUCGUUCAAAAGCUCUUUCGCCUGAGACAGGUUCGAAGAGAAUCCUCUGACUUUGCAACAAGUUUUGAUUUGGGUGUUAAAGCACAUGAACAUCAACUUAGAAGGGUGGCUGCUAAGGAUUCAAUGAACUUAGGAGAUCAAAUAUUUCUUCCUGUAACUGUUCAAGAGUUUCCCUCUGACAAACCCAAGUGCUUUCACAAUGAAGAAGAAAUGAACUUUCUCCACAGCCUUGAGUUGUAUAAGGAUCCAGCCAUUAUUGUUGUGAAUAAACCCCCUGGAAUGCCUGUUCAGGGUGGAGCAGGCAUUAAAAAAAGUUUAGAUGAAUUAGCUGCAACUUAUUUGAGCUAUGAUUUCCCAGAACCCCCUCGACUGGUGCACAGACUUGAUAGAGAUAGUAGUGGCAUCUUGGUGAUGGGGAGGACGCAAACAAGUACUAGAGUUUUGCAUUCCAUAUUCCGCGAGAAGACUUUUGGAGCAUCAAAUGAUGGUUUGCUCAACAGAAAGAGAAUUUUGCAAAGGAAGUAUUGGGCACUUGUCAUUGGGUCUCCUAGACGUGCUGCAGGAGUAAUCUCAGUUCCGUUAAAAAAGGUGAUAGUGGAUGAUGGAAAAUCUGAGAGAAUAACUGUUGUUGACAAUGCUGAAGUGAUGUCAUCUCAGCAUGCCAUAACAGAGUAUCAAGUGAUUGAAUCUUCUUCUCAAGCAGGUUAUACAUGGCUAGAACUGUCUCCUCUCACUGGUAGAAAGCACCAGCUUCGAGUACACUGUGCUGAGGUAUUGGGUACACCUAUAGUCGGAGACUACAAAUACGGAUGGCAAGCUCAUCGGAAAAUGAAACAUCUGCCUAACCCUAAUCUUGAAAUGGACCCGAACGAACAGUUCCCCAAGGGAACUAGACUUCCCUUGGGUCUUGAUUUGGACAAGGGAAGCAUUCUUGAAAGGCAGCCCCAUCUACACCUUCAUUGUAAGGAGAUGGUUUUGCCUGAUGUCUCUACUGCUUUGUACCAUUUGCAAUUUUCAUCAAGUUCUGACCUUACCAGUCUGGAUAGCCUAAAAUUAGCCGCUCCUUUGCCUUCACACAUGGAAAAGAGUUGGAACAUUCUGAAUUCUUGAGCCCUAAUUAAUUAGGUUCUUGAAAGUUCUCUUCACUCUCAUUGGGAAUCGUAUUAUCGUCCAUUCUGAGCAACAAAUGGAGAAGUUAUGUUAUUACUCUCAUCAGUAUGCUAAUAUGGGUCCAAUUAUUUCCAGUAAUCACUGUCAAGCACUAAGCGAAUGGAUCAGACGUAUAUAAUUGGAGAUCGCUCACUCUCUUGUGCUUCUGCUAGUGUCGCCCACCCAAGCAUAGUCCAAAAAUGAAGUACAAUGCAUGAUUUAAAGCUUCUGAUGUGCUACUUAUACCAUGUGAAGGUUAUGCAUUCUGAUGCAAUUUCCCGCAGAUUGGUUUUAUAUUCUGCUUUCUCUUGUUAUGUUCACCAGCCUGACUGUCAGAGAAGCUGUGGAAAAGAACAGGUACAUCAUCUUCAUCAGCUGCCAUAUCGCAGCAGGCAGUGAUCAAACCUCAGGCAAUCUGAAAGGAAAACAAAUGUGAUCACAAAACAUGAAGUUUGGGGCCCUGGUUGUGGAUCCAAAUAUUGCUGGGUGUUUUUUAUUUUUAUUUUUUUGGGGGGGUUUCUGUUAAGAAAUUUUGGACUGCUCUUAAUUUAUUAUUAAUUUACCAUAGCAUUGUAUUUUUUGAUUUAGUAA